CAACACUCGAGGUUUGGGGAAGUCUUUGCCAAAGCCUCUGAGCUCUUCGUGCGCUUUUCUUCUUUUUUCUUGCCAUCUCGGGCUAUUACGUUUCUGGAGAGAGAGAGAGAGAGAGAGAGAGAGAUUUCGUUUUAGGAACCUUACCUAGAUAUCCUCAGUCCAUUGUUCUCCGCCGUGCGCAGAACAGGCACUCGGUCCAAUAUCCUGGUAGAAAUCACCAAGCCGCCUCGAAUAAGUUGCAAGAAAAGAUCUCAGACGCCGUGGUUGCGAAUAGGCACCAUAGCCGUUUUUCAGGAGGAGAGGAUUCGAGCCUCAGCCCUUGACUGCUCUCCAUUUCUACCGCACCGGGUUUCAAACGCGCUUCCGCUACUCUAAACCAGUUACAUCAACCAUGGCUGCCCCGGUCCUCGAGUCCAGCGCCUCAAACCCCUCGACCGCCUCUCCACAGACAUUCCGCAUCCUCGUCCUCCCCGGCGACCAUGUCGGGCCCGAAGUCAUGGACGAGGCACUGCGCGUGCUGGACACGGUCGAAAUCACCUCCCAGGGCCGGCUCAAGUUCGAGUUCAACCACCAGAUCUGCGGCGGAUGCAGUAUCGACAAGCACGGCACGCCCAUCACGGACGAGGUGCUGAGGAUCGCAAAGGAAGAGAGUGACGCCGUGUUGUUUGGGAGUGUGGGCGGACCGAAAUGGGGAACUACCUAUCCGAACCCAGAGUCUGGCCUCCUCCGCCUGCGCCAACACCUGGACGCAUUCGCCAACAUCCGCCCGUGCACGUUCUACUCCCGCUCCCUGAUCCCGCUUUCGCCCUUGAAACCCUCCAUCGCCGAGGGCACGAACUUCAUCCUGCUCCGCGAGAACUGCGGCGGCGCGUAUUUCGGCCCCAAGGUCGAAGAGGCCGACUUCGCCAGCGACUCGUGGGCGUACGGGCGGAAGGAGAUCGAGCGCUGCGCGCGGGUCGCCGCGGCGCUGGCCACGACCAUGGGCAAGGACGGCAAGGGGACGGGGACGUGCCCCGAGGGCCCCGCGACCGUGUGGUCCAGCGACAAGGCCAACGUGCUGGCCUCGGGCCGGCUGUGGCGCAAGGUCACCUCGGAGGUCUUCGCCAACGAGUUCCCCCACGUCGAGCUCAAGCACCAGCUGGCCGACAGCCUGUCGAUGCUGAUGGUCAAGAACCCGCGCAUGUUCAACGGCGUCAUCCACACGGACAACACCUUCGGCGACAUGCUGUCCGACCAGGCCGGCGGCGUGGUCGGCACGCUGGGCGUGCUGCCCAGCGCCAGCCUCUCGGGCAUCCCCGACGGCAAGACGCGGUGCAACGGCAUCUACGAGCCCGUGCACGGCUCCGCGCCCGACAUCGCGGGCAAGGGCAUCGUCAACCCGGUCGCCCAGAUCCUCUCGGCGGCCAUGAUGCUGCGCUACUCGUUCAACCUGGCCGCCGAGGCCGCCGCCAUCGAGGCCGCCGUCGAAAAGGUCCUCGACGGCAAGGACCUCGGCGGCCUCGAGAUCCGGAGCGGCGACCUGGGCGGCACCGCCUCGACCAAGGAGGUCGGCGACGCCGUGUGCUCGGUUCUCGAGGAGCUCCUGAUGGGCAAUUCCACCGGGAUCCCGGAGAAGGUGAACGGCGACGCUUCCACCAUCGGCCCAAACGCUACGGCUGGCCAGACGACGACGACGACCACCAUUCCGACACACGCAAAGGACAAUAAAAAGUGGGAAGAGAAGUUGGAGAAGGAGGGCGUACCUACAGGUCCGAGGGAGGCAUUGGCUCUGUGAGUUUGGUGCUACCAAAAAAGGGGGAAUUGUCUAAGAGAGUCACCAUCUCAUGUUCAGGGAUGGGGGCCUCCACCUGGAGUGUGACGCGUUGACUGUGCUACUUUUCAAACUCGACCGUUUCCUUGGUACUCCCUUGGGGGGUGAUAUUAGACCGCAUGGUAUUUUUCUGAUUCUAGGGUUAGGGUUAGGGUUCGCUUCUUGCACGAGCCUAGACAACUUCCACAUUGUUGCUGAAGAAAGCAGCUUGCUCCUGUGUGCUUCUAGUUUUCGGGCGGCCGCACUAGCAAAGAGUGGUGGGCAC